AAAUUGUUUAUAAAGCAGUCUAGAAAUCCACACUUUAAUAAUUUCAAGAUGAUAACUUUUCAACAGCUAGCUUGAAGUGUGUAAAAACAAAUAUAUAUAUAUAUAUAUCAUUCAUAUUGAUAGCUUAUUGGCAAUGACUUAACAGCGUAGAUUCACAUUGUAAACAGUAGAGCCGCCUCAUAAAAUUAAAUUAGCAUUAAAAAACGAAAACGCAGGCCGAAAACAAUUUGUGUGACACAUAUAUCCAAAUUCUUUCGCCUUGGCAGGAAGUUUUGAGUUGUCUAUUUAAAAUAGUAAAUAAUUGAAUUUUUUAGAUGGUUUUUCCACCUAAUUUGGUAAUAUAGUUCAAUUUACACUUUUAUACUCUAUUCCGCUGUAUAUAUGAUAUUUCUUUGAAACAAUAUAUGUAACAAUAAAGUCAGGAUAUUGCGGCAAUAUUCCCUCAUUUCAGGAGUCAAAAUGACUUCAUUUAGUGUAAUCACCAUUGUUGUAUUAUUAAUCCACUUCAUUUUGGGAUUGUGUGACAUACCGUUGGAUACAUGCACUCUUUCUUGUGGAAAUAAGGACUCGACAGUGCGAGAUGCGCUGGUACAUCAAAUGGUUGGGCCUCCUGGUAAGAGAGGACCUCCUGGUCCACCCGGAAAUGCACAAAGUACUUGCAACUGUCCCAAAUUUCGAGAAUUAGAAAAUAGAAUAGACGCGUUAGAAAAAGCUCUCGUAAACAAAGAGUUUGGACGUGAAAGGCUAAUAAAGGAAGAAUGGACAAAAAUUGGAGCACACUACUACAAGCUUUUCAAGACAAAAUUACCGUACAAAGCUGCAAAAACAAAAUGCGAAUCAAAUGGCGCAAGACUUGCUUCAACUGGAUAUCACGACAGCAGCGUGAGAAGAGAUUUGGUGGAUCGACUGAUAAAACCAAGUAAUUAUAACACAUGGAUCGGAUUGGAUGAUUUGGAAAAUGUGGGGAAAUACAUAUGGUCAGAUGGAGUUAGUUCUACUUCAGAGAAUACGGAAUGGGGACAGAAUGAACCUAGCAGCAAAAAUGAAAGAUGUGCUCAUUCUUACUCAUUGAAAAAUUGGUUGCUAAAUGAUGCAUCCUGUAGUAGUGACUUCUACUUUCUUUGUGAAAUAUAAAAACUAUAA